AUGCCAUCCAAGAUGGCGGACCACGAGACUGUUCUUCUGGAGGUAAUAAACACCAAGCACAAAAAGACCGGUGGAACCUUGCGUCUCAUGUCCAAUGAACUGCUUUGGAUACCUUACGGAUCAGAUAAUCCUAAACUGUCAUGUGCGUACUCUGAAAUCAAAGGUAAAAUUGACCAACCGAUUUGAUUCGAUUGAAUUAUUGAAGUGAUGUCACGUGUACGGCCUGUCUUCAUCAGCCGGCACAUUGCUACUGAUCCUACCAUGUGAUUAUAAUUCGAAAAGUGUUGCAUUGUAUGAUAUCGUGUUUCGAUCAUUGCGCUUGUAGACUAAUGCUAUCACUGGAGUUUUCUUUCCUAAUAUUACAAUCGUCCAGUUGUUGGGUCGAUGUUCACUGCAUUAGCCAAUGGGUCGCGGGUGCCUCGACAUGGAAAUAGGGUAGAGAGUGUAUCAUAUAUGCAUGGUUAUAGUUUUAACGCCUCGAAAUGUACGGUUUUAUACAUCAUUUUUCACAUGUCCACACUCUUCUGAUCAGAUUCAAUUGAAGGACUCUGUUUCCCUUCAGCUUUUCAAACGUAUCCACAUUUUUUCUCACUUUUUCCUUGUUUUUAGUGAUUAACCAUACUCUCCGUCAGGUUUGCAACAUGAGAAUUUUUUAAAUUUAUGAGCCAAGGUGGACUUGUACAAUUCUUCAAGUGAAAUAUCCUAGCAUUCCUACUGGGGCCAAUUAAUUCUUGUAAACCAAUAGGAGGUGCACUCUGUUGUUUUAAUCAACCAUUUACACCCUAACAUCAGCAUGCAUAUUCUCCACACCAUACAUUUCCUAAGGUGCUGACAUGGGGAAUUUGUUUAAUAAUCGAGGGCUUCUUCAGUUGGUGAUUAUUCACUUUACUCUUGUUACCUUAGUAUUGGAUUUGGGGUUGAUGUUGUGAGGAGAAAUUAGACAUUAGACAUGCUACAUAUACAGUAGUCUCUCUCAAGAGUCAAAUACUUAAAUGGUGGCUCACUGCAACAAUUAGCGCUAAGAAUUUGCAAAUGGAAAUGUUUAUGGUAUCUCUGUUAUUUUAUAAAAUAAUACACUCUAUUUGAUGGUUUAACAUGCAUUACAUGUGGAUAUUGUGGGAGUUUUCCUAGAAUUUGUCUGAGCCCCUUUAAGAGCAAGGUAAAAUAUGAGCAAUGAGCUCCACCAAAUGAGAUUAUGUCAAACUUGUGUGGCAGACACCAUUUUCCAUAAAAAAUUAACAAAAUAUAAAUAAUUCAGUGACUGAAGUGGUAUUUAACCCUUUACACCCUCACAUCAGUAUACAUAUUCUCCUUGCUGUUCUCUAUAAAUUUCCUAAGGUGCUGACAAGGAGAAGGUGUUUAUCAAUUAGUAUGUUUUUUAAUUGGUGAUUGUUUUCUCUAUUCUCAUGACUUAAAUGUUUGAUUCAGGGGUGAUAUUGUAAGGAGAAAUUAGAUGCUAGGCACUCUUAGGGGUCAAAGGGUUAAUAAUUCCACUUAUUGUUCUUGGUGAUGUCAUAAGUAAAGAAUAAAUGCCAAAUUUAUGAACAGGUUGUCUAAAGCAAUAAGUUCUGUCAACAGUUCAACGAAUAAGUCCAGAGGGCAGCUCAAAAAUACAGAUACAGAUUGUUCUCCACGAUGGAAACUCCUUCACUUUCCAGUUUACAAAUGACUCGGCCGUAAAUGCUAAAAAAGAAAGAGAUGAUGCUAAAGACCUCCUUGCUCAGCUUAUCCCAGUCCAUCGAAAAAAAGCCAAUAAAGAGCUUGAGGAAAAGAACAGGUAAAAUUUUGAAGUUAUGCAAAGCUAUAUUUUGUUUGAUAUACCUGGUUGCAUUUGAUGAUCUUGUGAGGUAGUGGCUAGAAAGUUGUCUGAGACAGUUACAAAUUAUUUAUGGGAAAGAGGUAUCUAUGGGAACUCUUCAAGUUGUCAACACUAUACAAAGGCAUUGUUAUGCUAUAUCAUUCAACUGUCAAUGAGUACCAAAAAUCCAAAUACAGUUCUUGUAAUUACCUGGAAAAAGAUUGGGAUUUGGAGAAAAACAUUUUCACAAUUCAGUCAUCAAAAUAAUCUUAUGGCUGAUUUGUAAGACAUCAUGAUAAGAUUCCAAGGUACUUUUAAGGAAGGGUCAUGUGUCACCACUGUGCGGCUCAUUAAUUGUCUGAAUGUUAACCUUACAUGCGCUCCACAUUGGAGAACAAUACUUUAAAGAAGAGGGUUACAUUGAAGUAGAACUUACAUGAACUUCCCUACCAGGGGCAGAACUAGGAUUUUUAAAGAGGGGGGGCACCACAAGCACCAUAGGCACAGGGUUUCUAGGGGAGUCUGAGGCAUGCUCCCACAGAAAAUUUUGAAAAUUUGAGUCUCUAAAAUGGCCAUUUCCAGCAUUUUAAGACCAAUUUCUUGCUCAUAAGCCUCUUUCAAAUGAUGAAUUAAAAAACCUUAUUCACAAAGGAAGAGGUUUAGCAUAUUGUCAAAAGGGAGGGGUGGAGCACCUUGGUCUAUGGGGAUUGGUAUUUUGAAUGUGUCUACUACUGUGAUUUGACUUUGCCAUGACUGUGUAGCUUUGACUCCUUAGGACUUUGCUCUAUAAAUACUUCCUGGAAUCAGUGAAAUUGGAGACAAUUGUUUACUAAGCUGAAUCUAGCUCUUCAUGAGGGCUAGGUGAGCUCAGUCUUUUGUCCAUGAGUAAUACAACCAUGCCACGAGCCAGUCAACUGUUAAAGAAACGACUAAUGAAAAAAAAAAAAAUUAUAUCUUGUCUCGUGUUUACAACAACUGAACUUAUAGUAAUACACAUCAUUGGUGAAUAAUGUCAUCAUUUGCAUCACCAGAGCGUCUUUUGACGACUAACUUUUAAGGAAUAGCUUUAUAUCAGUAAUGUUGCAUUAGAGCAAGGUAGAAUAGUUACACUGCAAAGAUUUGGGCCACAACUGAUGCCGGUUACAUCUUGAAAGUUGUCUGAUAAUAUUAUUUAGAACCUUUCUUACAGUGAGAGUUAGUUUUGAUUUGAAAAAACUCAGUUCAGCACUGAUAUUAAUUUUUGGCCCACCUAAAAGGGGGGGCAUGGGCUCCCCAUGCCUCUCCCCUUGAGUCUGCCACUGCCCACAUUGUCCUUUACUUUCAGAGAGGUCCUGAUUGUGAUAUGGCAGAGGUAUAGGCAUUUUAAUACCAAAAAUGAUUUAAAUGCUGUCCUUUGAGGACAAGUAUUUUUUAUCAGUAAUGAUAAUAGUACAGUUAUAAUUAAAGAUCCUCAAUGAUUGAGGUAUUUGGUAAAUUCAACCUUACAUAAAUGAAGUUGUUAACAUAAACUUUUGCUCUUGUUUAUUUAUUUAUUUCAGAAUGCUGAAAGAUAAUCCUGAGUUGUAUCAGCUGUAUAAAGAUCUAGUUGUCAGUGGAGUUAUUACUGCUGAAGAAUUCUGGGCAAAUAGAGCAAAGGUAAUAGUAUAGUUUCCAAAAUAUAUUUUCAUGUAUUGUCCCUUUUCCUCUUGGGAACCUUUAGCAAACCAGGGCAGUGGCAGCAAUUAGGAUGUGGCAAAACAAAGAUUUAAUGGGCAAAACAAUUAUAGUUCAGCAUGUGUGUUUUAGAACUGUGUUCAUUUCUUUGUGGUCCUCUGCAAAAUAACAACAUGAAAUCAUCAAAAUUUGGGUGAUCUAAGAAAGGAAACCCUAAAGGCAAAUUAUUUAAGUUUCCAUGUGGAACUUAACGCUGCUCUUAUACAUUAUUCUGAUGUUAACUUGUGGCACCGGAAAAGAGUCACACUACACACAUUUAGCUAUUUGCAAACUUCUUAGUAGACAUAAAUGUAUAUAUUUUUUAAUGGAUAUCUACUUUGGUAUUGCUGUUUAACUGUAAUAGGUCCCUCAUGUUCGUCUGUGUACAGUCCUUUGGAAUCUCUUUGUAAUGUACCAAGAAAACUGUUAUAGGGGAUUCAGGAGUACACCAGAUCUUGACAGAUUCCCACUAAUGGGUGACAGAUAGCAUUUCAUGCGACUUGUUAAGAAACUACUGAAAAGGACUGUCUCUUCCAAGCCUCUUGUAAUGAUUAAGUUUUGAGACAUCAGAUUUGUAAAUUUUUUUCAAAGAUCUCACAACCAAACUAAGUGUCUUUGUCUGGCAACCAAAUAAAGGUAUACUGCUUAUUACAGUAUACAGGUAAAUUUCUCACAUACCACCCAGAGCCACCCUUAGUAGUCUUUUCCCCUGAACAGGGGUGGCAAAUGAUUAGCAUCAGGGCUGUCAAUAAGGGUUGUGAGCUUUAACACCUGUCACAGCUGAGCACACUUGAUGUUGUGAGUGAAGAGGUCAAUUGCUGUUGAGUUACACCUGGGCAUGUAUCACACAGUAAUGGGUGUUAUCUCCUAUGUAAUGGCUGCUUCAAAACUUAGUGACAGCCCUGAGCAAAUCCUGGUACCAUAACCAGAGACAAUUGCCUCAUCUGGGACAAACUUGGACAUGUAAUUGUUCAAAUAAGACACUGCAGCAUAGCCUUGUGUUUACAAUCUUUGCAGCAUUUGAAUGAUGAUGAUGAUGAUGGUGACGAUGGAGCAUCCAACACUAAAGUUAAAGUACAACAAUUUGCAAUAUGGUUUUUUUUUGUCUUUUCCUUGCAGAAUCAGGACACCCAAGUAGUACAGUCAGAACAGGCUAUUGGUUUGUCUUCGGCAUUGCUUGUAUGUUGAAUAUUUGUUAAAUACAUCUACAUGUACUGAGUAUUUCUUUAGAAAAUUUUUUUGCAUGACAAAUUUGUCCUGUUUGAAAUUAUUAAAUUAUCUAUUUAUUAUUUAGAAUUAUGACAGUCACUGUUACUAAACUGGUGUUUGAAAUUCUGCUUUGUUAUUCUUUAGGCAGAUAUGCAACCAGAGAGCUCAGGCUGCAAUGAAGUCAAAUACAAUUUAAAUGUGGAUACUAUAGAGGCAAUAUUCAAGACAUAUCCAGCUGGUAAAGAGUUAGACACAUACAGUUUAAAUAUUUCAGUGCUCCAAGCUGUGAUCAUUUUGGUCACCAUGGCAAGUCUAAAAAAUUUCAGUGGCUAAAUUUGCAGCAAAAGUCAAAUUGAGGACUUGUGGUCUGUGGUCAUGUGGCAAGUUGUAAAUGUUUCUCUUACUUGAUGUUUUUUGUUCAAAUUUGAAGUGACAUAAACAUUUGCAUGACAGUGAAUGAUGUUGCUCAAAAUGCACUCUUUUGUUUUUUAAGCAACUAAAAUUCUAUUACUUAAAGCCCUUAUUGGUAAAGGUCUUAGACAAAAGACACAGUGAAUAAAAACUUGUUGACUUAUGUAAUUUAUGAUAAAACUCUCCCUCAUUAGUUAAGAGAAGAAUGUUAAAGAAUUUUUGUAAUGAUAAAUGGCUCUAUGAUUGAUAAUCACUCAAUGCAAGAUAAGGUUAAUUUCCAGGGCAUAACCAUUCUUAAAUCAAUUAGUAAGAACAUUUAGCAGUGAAUUACUUAUCAAUUAAUUACUAAAAUAGUUAAUUAAUUAUUGGCUGUUUCAAUCUAUUUUAUGUAGUGAAAAGAAAACACCAGGAAGUUGUUCCUCAUGAGGUAUUUGUCUUAUAUUGAGAAAUAAAGGUUAUUCCAUGAAAAUUGCACUCAAAUGAUUUUCAAUUCACAAGUUACAAUGCAUCAAAAGAACGAAAGAGUGAGCACAAUGAACGAGUGAGUUUUUUAUGCAUUUCAGCAAGUGAAUAAAAAAUUGUUCAAGCGCUUUCCAUGGUAUAAUGUUUUUAUUUCAUACAUACUGAAAUUUACACCGUGAAGUAGGCUGACUGACUGAAAUACAUUGUUUAUCCAAUCAGAGGCACAAACAGUAGUACUUCACAGUAUAAAUGUCAGUAUGUGUGAAAUAAAGUUUUACUCUCUGAUGAGCUUAUUUGUGGAAAAAUCACAGAGUGUCCAUUCUUUCAUUUUGUAUAAGUGGUUACUGUUGACUACUGACUUUCAUCUUUGAUUGUAAAUACAAAGAAAGGUGUAAAGAUCCCUUCAUAGAUGAGAAAUACCUUUCUAAAUAGCACCUCAUGUACUUUUGAAGAAGGCUUUAGGUCGAUGGAAAAAAGCAGGAAUGUGCAUCUUGGUGGAAGUGUCAUUCUACUACUGUAUCCCUUGACAACUACCAAGUGCCUUUCACCUGAUACAGUGCUCGUUUCAACUUACAAUGAGUGUGGGAAUGUCUAUUUUGAAUAUAGUUUUAAACAUUCAAUAAUACCACUUUCUUGUUUCCAGAUGCCAGAGAAAGACUUUUGGACAAAGUUUUUUCAGUCGCAUUAUUUCCACCGAGACAGAAAUGCCACAAGGGCAAUGUCAGGUGACAUCUUCACUGAAUGUGCAAAGGAGGAUGAACAGGGUAAAAGAAUGAUAGCCUUCCCUUCCAGUCAAACUAAAACAGAGGAUAACAGGAUAGUUUAGUAUUAUCAACUAUGAGUUGAUAAGUAAACAUAAAUUGCAUGGCCACCUUAAAGGAUUUAAAGCUGAUGUUUCAAGUGUUAGCCCUUCAUCAGAGCCAAUGAUGAAGGGCUAACACUUGAAACAUCAGCUUUUAAACUCUUUACGGAGGCCAAUUUUGUUAUCAACUAAGUUGGUAAAAAUUAAUUACCCUGUUGUACUCUUCCACUAACGCAACACCACAGUUUCUUUAGAAACUUAACUCCUUAAAACAGAGGAUGAUGAGCCAUGCCUUGAAGAUGUGCCAUUGCUAAAAUCUUAUCUAUUUUAUGUGCCAAAUGUGUUUUGUGUGGCUGACAAUUGGUGAUUAUCAGGAAACGUCAAUAAGAGACUGGAGUUUUAAUUCGAAAAGAGGUAUUCAUUUACUCUGAAUUUUGUGUGAUCGUUAGGAGAGGGUAGCAAGGGAAAGCAUUCUUGUUCCUGACCUGUGUUGGUUUUUCAUAAAUUCUUCAUUGGAAUCAAAUGAAAAACUGUUUGUUGUCCAUUUGUUGUAUCUAAAGGCAGUUUAAAUCAAGGUGUCUUGCACCCUUCUUCUACACAGAGCAAUUGUCAAGGAAACUUGCAACCUUCAAUGAUCCUUUGUUGGACUUAACAGGAGCGUCACCAGUUCCUGAAGAGGUCUGUAAACAGUGCUGUGAUCAAGUAUAACAAGAAACGAGUCAGUGUGCGCUAAUUAUUUGUUUUUGAUUUUUUCACGACUUUGAGGAGCAAAUUAUUAAUUGUCUUUCUUCUUUAAAUAGGGAUAUGGACUAACUGCAGAAGCGGUAGAUCCCAAGAACAACGCAGUAACUCAGUCCUUGUUUAGAAAGCUGAAUCACCACAGUUUAAUGGUAGUACAAGCCACAGCUUCUGGGUAAGAAGUCACAACAUAAGUGACACCAUCAACAUGGUGACACACUCGCCUCUGCCUCGUUUGUCUCUUAUUUGAUUUAAUACUGAACAGAUUCAUUAUAAUUUUGUACCAUUCUCCUCAGUUCCAGCGUAAACAAAGAAAAGGAGAAAAAUGGAAAAAAUGGCAAAAUGAAUGAAGCAGAUCCCCCUGCUAAAAAGGUUAGCAAAUUGUUCCUGGCAGUGGUUCUCCCUCUUUAACCAACGUAGAGGCUCUGCGCAUGUAACAAUUUGUUUUCUAAUUUUACUGAAGAGGGAAGCAUUUUAUCACCGCUAAAAGGAAAAUAUAGGGAACGUUGGGGAAGAAUAAGUCCUUGUCGUGUUAGUUAAAGAUUUAACACUCACUUCUUAAUGAGAGUGACAAACUUAUCAGCUCAGUACUUGACUGAAAGGCUAAUACUCAAUUUUUUGUUUUGCAUAGUUUUCUGUCUGAAAAACAAAUAUACUUCACUAGUACUAAGUUUCAUGUACUUUUUAAUUUCUAUAUUUUAGAGUCGUCUCAGAGGAAUGGUGGAAUAUGACGAUUUGUCUGAGCAACAAUCCAGAGAGCUCCCGAGCUUAAAAAUUGCUGACUCGUCAAAGUUUUCGCAAGGUCUGAUACCGGCUAUCCCAAAGGUAAGACAAUCCAUGGAUCAAUUUUCAAUUGAGCAGCAAAAGAAAGCCGGGCUUCGUUCGGGUUUGCUUUGCGACGUGGUGAGAUUGGUCGAGAAAACUCGCUCCACUUUCUCAGCCAAUUAGACUCAAAACUAAUAAUCUAUCGCGACGUGGUCACUCUCGUUUUUUCGCUCUUUAUGACGCAUACGUAUAAUUGCUUUGAGUUCUCGUUGGCUUGUUGUGUCAUUUUUCUUUGCUCUGAUUGGCCGUCGUGAUUGCUUUCGAUUGGCUUUACGACAGACAAUCGGAAUAUGCAGCAUAGGAACGUGGCAUAGGGUUUUCUAUACCAAGCUUUUGCAACUGAGCCUCUUUUUCAGUUAGGUAUCAGUUUUAAUUUGUUCAUAAUGUAGUUUCGUCUCGAUUUCUACAGGAAAGGGGAUCAGUUCACUCCAAACUCAGUCAUACAGACAUUUCCAAAGCCAUCCAGAGUAACCAAAGGGAGGUUGAAUAUUGGCGACCAAACCUACCCGGGGUAAGUAGUGUAUGCUUUAAAUGCCCUCCUAAGUCACAUUUAAGAGAUAUUAUCUUGUUAACGUGGGUGACAGAAAUAACGCAAAGCCUUUUUCUCUAGCGCCGUUAGCAUGACAAAGGUAACGCAAAGCCUUUUCCUUUGGCUCUGUUAGCGUGACGAAGGUAACGGAAAGCCUUUCUGUUGUACUCCGCGCAAGGCAAAAGUGAGGGAGAGCAUAAUUUUUGGCGUAGUCGAGUGGAACACAAAAACUUUGCUUUUGCACUGUUGUGCGUGUCUGGUAUAACACAAACCAUUUUCUUUGGUGCUAUCGUGCAUGACAAAAGUAGAGAAAGGUCUUUUCUUUUUGGGUCGUUGUGUGUAACCAAAACAACGGAAAGUCUUUUCUUUUGCGUGAUAAAAAUAACUGGGAACUUUUCAUUGUUACUGUUUAGACUCUUCCCAGUGACAUGGCUUGUCACGUCCUUACAGAAAUGUCCCCUGGUGGAUCUUUGAUGAGCACAACUUCUGAGACAAGCAUGCAACGUAAAUAUGAAAUCAGUGCAAAUUUUGAAUAGAAUGUCGAAAGUAAUCUGUGAUUGCAUCAAUGUCACUAAUAUCUACUCGAACUGAUUGAUUUAUUGAUCGAUUGAUUGACUGACGGACUAGCUGACUGACUGACUGACUGACUGACUGACUGAUUCUCUUAUUGACUGACUGACUUACCGACUGUCUGACUGACUGACUGACUGUCUGACUGAUGGACUGAAUAAAUGAUUGUUUGAUUGGUUGAUUGCUUUGCAUUGUGUAGCAAACUCGUGCUACCCUCUCAACCAAUCAGAUGUAAAUGGAAAACCAGUUGCGUCUUGGUAGCGUACGUGUUCCUGAGCUCACUCUGAGCAUUCAUUUGUUUCCUCUGCUGUUGUUAAUCUUUGCUCUAAUUGGCUAUGGACUUGUUGGCUUGGACUACCAUUUUAAUGAAAACGAUACGAAAACAAUUUGUCAACCAGAAACAUUUCAUCAGUCUUAAUGGCAAAAACGACGUGUUUGACUAAAUUUCUGGAUUUGCGAGAACGGCUUUUUAGAUACUCUGAGUUUUCUAGCCUUUGUUCCAUCUUUCAUCAAGGAGAGAAUAUUUAACUGAGCAGAUUUUUUUUGUUUUAACAUACAGAUUUAGUGUCUUCGUCAGUUCAGGCGGAAGUUAAGCUUCAGUACAACUCACUGUCCGAGCUGCUAAGACACUUUUGGUCAUGCUUUCCAAUCAAGACACAAUUCUUGGAGGAAAAGGUGAGACAAGCUCGGGUAAUAAACUGUAAGGUUUUUUUUCCUAAAAACCAGAUGUCAGAAAGGCAAUAGUUGGCUAUUGUAUGAUAUUUAACUGUAUUUCCUCAAAUAAGUGCCCACGCUCUAAUAAGUGCCCUUCCCCGAGUAAGCACCCACCCCUAAGCGCCCCUCUCGAAUAAGCCCCCUCGGUCCCUCCUCCCUCACUUUCUUAAAUAGUAGGGAUACAAUCCUCUACUCUCACUUUAUUUAAAGCUUUUUAAGCUUCAGAAACAGUGGAAUCAGUGUAAUAGAAUGAUAAGCGCACCCCUCGAUUAAGCACCCCCUUCCGAUAAGCGCCCCUCCUUACAGCCGAAAUUUGAAAUAAGCACCUAGGCACUUAUUUGAGGAAAUGUAGUAUUCUUGUUUGUUUUACACAACGUGAUGUAAGUUGACAUUCAUAUGCUGAGAUGAAAUGGCCUGAUGUGUGAAUUCUUGGUUAACAGAUGGUUAAAAUGGGCCAAAGCCUUGAAAAGUACAGAGAUGCCAAGCUGCAGCAAUUCCGCAAUCAACUUCCCGCCGAAGAGGCUCAUGUAAGGAAGAAUGUUAAACGUUUAAAGCUUCGUGUCACUGCAGUGUACAUUCGCCAUCGUGCAGUCCUUUCUAAUCUUUCAGUUUCACUUAAAUCUGUUAUAAAACUGCGGAUUAGAUCAGUCGUUACUCCUUUCGCUUUUUAAUCUUGGUAUGAUAGUACCGUAGAAGACAAAAACAGCUUUGUAAUCGGAAACGUCGUUACACACAUUUUCUCCGAUAUAGUAUGAUUAAAUUUCAUCAGCAGGGAGUUUUCAGGUUUUAGGUUCUUUUAAUACUCAUCGUCUCUUUAUGUUAUUCAUACUCUUAUUUUCCUUGUAUUUAUUUAGCUGGCCAAUCACUUAGUAGAGAUGCUAGACACUGCGCUUACAAAGUACAGAACGUGGCUGGAAAAGAAGUCAGGCGCUAAGAUCUCUAGUAGCUGACCGUGAAUGCAGGAGACUCGCCGCAAUUCAGCAUUUUGUGAUGCAAGAGUGAAGGGAGGAGAGGGUGGAGUGCGAAUAGGCGACCUUCUUUCGUACAUUGGUCACCAAAGUGACACUCAAGAUUUUUCCGCCUUGUUCAAGAAAAAAAGCGGACUGAGUUGUGUCUUUCUCUUUACUGGCAACUUGAGAUAAUUGUUUGCAGAUAAUUGACGAACUUCGCUUUGUUUAUAUUGGGACAUUCUUUGACAAAAUGUUCCACCUUUUAACGCUGUGACAGUGAAAAACCGAUGUCUGAAUUGGACUUUGAAAGGUGUUUUUCAUCGUUAUUCAACCGAUUACUGUUUUCAUCAGUUUAACAUUUUGAAUAAUGUAAAUAAUUUCUCCAUUUCAAUUCCUUUUUGCUAAAAGUAAAUUAGAGUAAAAGAACUCUAAAGCCACUUCCGUAAAUUGUUGUAUUUUUUGCGUCUGAAAGACAUGAUAAAUUCCAUACUGUAAAUCGUGUGCCUAUUUGUACGUUUGGCAACUGAACAGAGUUCCUCACAUCAUGUGUUUUGGAGGUAAAAGGGGAAAUAAAAGAUGCUCU